GAGAUGUUCUAUAGUUUUAUUCUCAAAUGUGGCGAAACAUUUCCUACGCUGAAAUCUUUCAUCUCCUAAACAAAAGAAGCACUGAUCCGCAACUCGGCUACUCCAUCUCUUUUCAAUCCGCAGACAAAGAAGAAACGGUCUACAAUACGUAAUUGAACUGUGACUUUGAUUCCUCGUAGCUCUUAUACGUCGUACGAGGUUGGAUGGAGGGUCUGAGAAAGAUGGCGCGGUACGGUUUCGUGUUCUCCUGUAACCCUCGGCGGUUGUACGGCACGAAAGUGGACCUGAGAAAGCUUCGGCCGAUGAUUCUGAAGAGAAUCGAGAAUCGGGCACAGUGUUACCCGGUUCGCCGAAUGAUUCCGGUCGCCAACGAGGUUCUCCAAGCCAGGAAUGUUCUCAUCCAUGGCGUUUCUACCCUCCUUAACUUCCUUCCUCUCAUGGCUUGCAAAUUUUGUCCAGAGAUAUAUAUUGGUGAGCAGGGACAUUUAAUUCAGACCUGCCGGGGUUACAAGCAUCGUGCCAAAAACCGGGUUCAUGAGUGGAUCAAAGGGGGUUUGAAUGAUAUACUUGUCCCUGUCGAAUCAUUUCACCUGAACAACAUGUUCCAAAGUGUUAUUAGGCACAAUGAAAGGUUUGACUUUGAUCGCAUUCCUGCCGUUGUUGAGCUGUGCUGGCAAGCAGGGGCUGAUCUCCCGGAUGAAAACCUUAAUUCAAGUAGCUCAAACUUGGAGGUUGCCAGUGAAAGUGUGCCUGUAAACGAGAAUUUGUCACCAGACGAUCUUGCCUCUAUAGCUAAUAAAACAUUAACUGCUUGGGAGGAUCUUAGGUCUGGUGUGGAGAGGUUGUUGUUGGUUUAUCCAGUAAAAGUUUGUAAAUAUUGUUCUGAGGUUCAUGUUGGGCCAUCUGGUCAUAAAGCUAGGCUCUGUGGGAUUUUCGCGUAUGAGAGCUGGAAAGGAGCUCACUUUUGGGUGAAAGCUAAUGUGGAUGACUUAGUGCCCCCAAAGAUUGUGUGGAGACGAAGGCCUCAUGAUCCUCCUGUACUUGUGAAUGAAGGGAAGGAAUUUUAUGGGCAUGCUCCAGCUGUACUGGAUCUGUGCUCAAAAGCUGGUGCCAUUGUGCCUAAAAAGUAUAAUUAUAUGAUGAAGUUGCAAGGUUUGUCUGGUCCUGCCAAUACUAGGAUUUUUGGGAUCACUACAGAACCAAACUUUUGAAAACAGCAGUAAGUUGAAUUGUUGGUCUGGUCGGAGGCAGGCCCUAAGUCAGGGACAGUUUAGGGCGAAAUUUGACAUGUCAUUACUUCCAGCUGCAACAUUUUUGCAUAAUUAAGGUUGUCUAACAUAUCUGAUUAUGGAUCCAUGUGCCUCUUAUCUUGCGGUAAUAUUCCGUUGCAUGUAGUAAGCUAGAAAUUUGGUUCCUAUAUCUCGUGUCCUACUUAUCAGACCCGCUCCUCAGGUUGGAAGCAAAAGGUAUUUUCAUGUCCUACUUAUUCAAAGAUCCCAGUUAUUUUUCUCCUUUGACUAAUUUUUUCCUUUUUGUAAUCAUAAGUCCAUAGUUAUUCAUCCGGGAAAUUUUUUCCUUUGUUGUAAAUGUUUGUAAUAUGUACAUUGCUGUAAAAAUUUGAAAGGGCUUUUGGUACAGCGAAAUUUCUGAUUUCUCGAGGUAUCAAAAGGAAGAAUUGCUUUCUUUACAGAAUCGUUUAUUUCCUGUUUACUAUCAACUAUCUACUAGUUUAAUAUAAUUUAUGACU